UUUAUCGUUCGAUAAUUAUGGGCUGAUGAUAGUAGGGCGAUUUCUUGAAACUGAAACAUAAUUCUUGAUAUUUGUGUUUGGUAGUAAUGGAGCUCACUGCUAAAAGUUUUGGGAAGUCACUUCCAACUGAUGUCUGGGAUGAAAAGAUUUUGAUCAAAUCUUAUAACGAAUGCGUAAAAGUUACGAACGAAGAUAUAGCAAAAAAUAUUGCUAGAAAUACUAAUAUAAAAAUAAUGGGCGAUUUCAAUGAAGCUGUCGGUAUUAGCGUCGGUGACUAUGUACGAGCCAUAUAUGAAAAUGAUGGUUGUGACUAUGAAGCGAAAAUAAUUUCGGUGAACAAAGCAAGUGGAACCUGUGUAGUAAAAUACAUUGGAUACGACAAUGAGCAAACGGUCAAUUUGAAGGAUCUCGUUCCUACUUGGGGGAAGAAGGCACGCCGUUUGCAGUUUGAACAAGCUAUUAACAGUACAAAUAACUAUCACAGUGAUAAAAGGCCAGAUAUAGGUCACUCUAAAGAAAAUAGUUUUAUUAAAGUUCCCCCACCUCCACCAGUACCCCCAAUGUUAACUCAAAAUGUAAGCGGUUCAGAACAUUUGUCUGCAAUGUUAAUGUCAUGGUAUAUGAGUGGUUAUUAUACGGGUAUAUAUGAAGGAAUACAAAUUAGAAAUUCAAAGAGGAAUUCUAAAACUUGAUUUAAUUGUAAUAAAAAUUUAGUUUUUCUUAGCAACCGAUUUAA